AUGAAAGUAAGUGAAAUACUUAAAAACCCUGAAGAUGCUCCACCAAAAGACAUGUGGAGUAUGACCAUUGAUCCGGAAGAUUCUCCUGAUGAAUCUGAACAAAUUAGAUUGCUAGGAUUGAAAUCUCACAGAUGUUACGAGUCACCUGGAGCCACAGUAUUGCAUGCUGCAUAUUCAGAUCUUGAAAAGAUCACAGUAGAUAGACAAGUCCGUCAUCUCAAGGAAUCAAAUAUUGAUAUUCCUUAUGGAAAAAUUCUUUAUGAUGGUCUUAAUUUUUCAUCCAAGUGCAAAUUCCUUUUACAUUCACUUGAACACAUACAACAGAGUGUUAAUGGUGAAGUUAGAGUUAAAUUAUAUAAAGAUGAAAUUGAAGAGAAAGAACCAAAAAAACAAAGAAGCAAUUGA